ACUUGCGAUUGGACAGUGUGGGGAUCCUCGUGUAAUCUGAUUUGCUCAAAGCCUUGUCCGUCUCCCACUUCCUGUCUUACUUCCUGGUACUAGGGUGGGGAAACAUCGAUACGGUUUUGACAUUACAUGUAACCUAUAACGCACCGGACCCAACACCAAAGCCAUUCUCCUCAGCUGCAGUCACAAGUAAAAAGAGCCAAUGUCCUUCAGGAAGGUGGUAAAGGGGGCCGCCAUAGGAGGCGGCGUGGUGGCGGCGGCCUUCGGGGCGGUACAGCUUCUGGAGUACAGGCAAAAACAGAGCCGGCUGGCGUAUGUGGAGGCGCAGGGGGAGCUGAAAGUUCCGUACGGGGAUGCCCUCCCCACGCGACAGGAGCAGUUGGCCCGCCUGAGGGACACCCCCGAGUUCGACGUCCUGGUGGUGGGAGGGGGGGCCACCGGGGCCGGCUGUGCCUUAGACGCUGUCACACGCAAUCUGAAGACUGCUCUGGUGGAGCGUAGUGAUUUCUCCUCGGGUACGAGCAGCAGGAGCACCAAGCUGAUCCACGGGGGCGUACGAUACCUGCAGAAGGCCAUCAUGAAACUCGAUUAUGAACAGUACAUGAUGGUGAAAGAGGCUCUGGAGGAGCGCUCCAACCUGCUGGACAUCGCCCCUCACCUGUCCGCACCACUGCCCAUCAUGCUGCCUGUCUACAAGUGGUGGCAGCUGCCGUACUACUGGGCGGGCAUCAAGAUGUACGAUCUGGUGGCUGGCUCCAAGUGCCUGAAGAGCAGCUACGUCCUCAGCAAGAGCAAGGCCCUGGAGCACUUCCCCAUGCUCAAGAAGGACAGGCUGGUCGGAGCCAUUGUCUACUACGACGGUCAGCACAACGAUGCACGUAUGAACCUGGCCAUUGCCCUGACCGCCGCCAGACACGGUGCUGCCACCGCCAACUACACAGAGGUGCUGAGCCUCCUGAAGACCAAGGACGCGCAGACGGGGGUCGAGAAGGUGUCGGGAGCACGCUGUAGAGAUAUGGUCACAGGUGAAGAGUUUGACGUGCGGGCCAAGUGCGUCAUCAAUGCCACCGGGCCCUUCACAGACUCGCUGCGCAAGAUGGACAACCAGAAGACGGCCAACAUCUGCCAGCCCAGUGCCGGGGUGCACAUCGUCAUCCCUGGAUACUACAGUCCGGACAACAUGGGUCUGCUGGACCCUGCCACCAGUGACGGCCGCGUGAUCUUCUUCCUGCCCUGGGAGAAGAUGACCAUCGCCGGGACAACGGACACACCCACUGACGUCACCGCCCACCCCAUCCCCAUGGAGAAGGACAUCGACUUCAUCCUCAACGAAGUCCGCAACUACCUCAGCAACGACGUGGAAGUGAGGAGAGGGGAUGUGCUGGCCGCGUGGAGUGGCAUCAGGCCGCUGGUGACGGACCCCAACUCCAAGGACACCCAGUCCAUCUGCCGGAACCACAUCGUCAACAUCAGCGACAGCGGCCUCAUCACCAUCGCUGGUGGCAAGUGGACGACGUACCGCUCCAUGGCGGAGGAGACCCUGGACGCGGCGGCGAAGGCCCACGGGCUGGCAGCCGGGCCUAGCAGAACCAUGGGGCUCACGCUGGAGGGGGGCAAGGACUGGACCCCCACCCUCUACAUACGGCUGGUGCAGGACUAUGGCCUGGAGAACGAGGUGGCCCAGCACCUGGCAGCGACUUACGGAGGGAAGUCCUUCGACGUGGCCAAGAUGGCGCAGGUGACGGGCAAGAGGUGGCCCAUCGUGGGCAAGCGCCUGGUGUCGGAGUUCCCUUACAUCGAGAGUGAGGUUCUGUAUGCCAUAAAGGAGUACGCGUGUACGGCCAUCGAUGUGAUUGCUCGGCGAACGCGACUUGGUUUCCUUAACGUGCAGGCGGCUGACGAGGCUCUGCCACGCAUUGUGGAGAUCAUGGCCAAGGAGCUGGGCUGGAGCGAAGAGAAGAGCCAGGAGGAGCUGGCGGCUGCCAAGAAGUUCCUUCACUAUGAGAUGGGCUACAAGGCCCGCGCAGAGCAGCUCACCAACACCUCAGAGAUCUCCCUCUCCGAGCAGGAGAUACACAGGUAUAAGAAGCGCUUCUAUCGCUUCGACAAGGAGAGCAAAGGCUUCAUCACUAUCGUGGAUGUACAGCAGGUUUUGGAGAAACUCAGCAUGCGCAUCGACGAGAACGCCCUCCACGAGAUCCUGAAUGAGGUGGACCUGAACAAGAACGGACAAGUGGAGCUCAAUGAGUUUCUACAGCUGAUGAGCGCGGUGAAGAAGGGACAGGUCUCCGACAGCCGAUUGGCCAUCCUGCUGAAGACGGCCGAGGAGGUGCUGGACAAGAGGGGGCCCGUGUCCGUCGACCGCAGCGGGGGCGGCGUCUAAAGCCCCAUAUGACCUUUGACCUUGACUUCACACUCCCCCUGGAUCUCCACCCCCUUAUUGACCCCCCAAAAUGUCCUGAAGGUGUCGGAACUGUUGACUUAUUCACUGCAUGGCUUACUUGUAGGAUACAAGGCACAUUGUUUUGUUUCCCUGUAGAGUACACUGUAUAGUGAGCAAGGGAACAUUUGAGAUUCACGAUCUGACUGUCUAAAAUCUUCAUGUCAUAGUUCAUUUCAUGGUUUACUAUAUAGGAUGUGAGCUGGAUUGUUUCCUUGUUCCUUUACUGCACCAAUCUAGUGAGCAAGUCAACAUUUUGCCUUCAAUAUCUAACUGAGGUGGAAAUUUCUUAUUCAGAGAAUUAUUGCCUAUCCCUUAGUUUAGUGUGUUUUGUGUUUGUUUGUUUUAUUAGGAUGAAAUGUUAGCAUGCCCUCAUGUAUGCCUUUUUCUAACCCUGGACAUAGAUUUUUUUUAUGCAUUUCCUGACUCCUUUUUUUAAAGUAAAAAUGAUUUCCUAUUCUCUGAGUCUGAAUUUCCACCACCUCAGUUCCAAGACUUGUGAUUCGUCGACUGCCCUGUAGUUGUUUCUGAUUGGUUCAAACUGGUCCAUCACUUAACCAAUUAUCUCAUUCAGCCAAUUCAUUAAUCCGCCUUCUCUCUCUUUUUCAUCUCAGUAACAACAUUCCUCUUUGUGCCUGUGACACUGAUGCAAAGUCAAACAUUAGUGAUUGUGAACCUACUUAGGUACAAUCUCAAAAUUCAUGCUUGUUUUCCUAUUUUUGUAUUUCUCGCUAAUUUAUCAGAGCCCUUCAUUUAUGCAAUUGACACAGUGGGAUUUUUUUUUGGUUUGGAUUGUGUUUCAUUAUUAUUUUAAUCACAGGUAGCUGUGAUCAAGGGCUAAGGGUUUCGCCUGUGCUGUCAUCAGCAUGAUUAGAUAGUGUGUUGCCGCAGUAUUUCGUCUCAUUGCAAAACAAGCACAGUGAAACAGCCUGACAAGGAAUCAGACACCCCCUUCGAUUUUUCUCCCCUUAUUGUCGUUGGCGCUUUCUUUGGAAAUGUGGAGGGUUUUGUUGUAGAUGAGAUGAUAGACCUGAGGAAAUUAGUGAGCCUAGUGUUACUUGUUUUUUUUCUGAACGUAUUGCUGUUAUUUUGCAUGUGGCAGCCAUGGCUUUUUGGUUAGGGAAUCAGAACCUGAGGAUCCACAGCUUACAGGUUCAAAUCCCAAAUCAUGUCUGAGAAUUACAGUGAUGUGCACCCUCAUCCAUCCAUCCAUGGCUGAAUGGAACAGUCCACUAUUUUUGGAAACCGGAUGGUACCAAAAACUUAAUAAUAACAGCUGGACCCUAUUGUCUCAAUGGUACAUGCUAAGCCGUAAUAUCACCACGCUGUUAAAAAAAAAAAAGAUAUCAGUGAUACGUAAGUCAGGAUAACUUAUAUAGUUAAUUAAUUCUGCUAUACACUGUAAAAAAACAGCAUGGUUUAACUCAAAAUCACAAGUUUACCAGCUGUCUCAGAAUUCCAAGUUAAUUUAAAUAUUCAUUGUAAGUUGUUUGGAGUUGUGCGUGUUGUUUGAACACAAAGCUUCAAUUCAAAGCUCCACACAACUUACAACAAGGAUUUAAAUUAACUUGGAAUUCUGAGGCAGUUGGUAAACUUGUGAUAUUUUGUACAGUGCAGGUGCAGAACAGCUGGCAGAACAGGAGAAAGAUAAAUGAGAAAUAUUUAACUUGAGGGCAGGUGUAAAAUUGCCAUAUUUCCCAAAACCAUGGACUCCUUGAACUUAAUAUCCCUUUCGCAAGGCAUCUAACCUUUUUUUAACAGUCCGGGGUGACUGUACCUUACAACUAAAUAACUUCAAGUCGAGUAAAUUUGCUUUAAAUAACUCUAAGUAGAAGUGUCUGCUCCUGUACUGUAAGUGUGAUGUAGUGUUGUUGUGUAGUUAUUGUCACCGUUGUCUUGGAAUAGUCACAUUGUCAUGUGGUUUAUGACGUUUUGGGGGGUUGAAUGAGGUUCUCUGUGUGUGUGCGUGAGUAUGUGUGCGUGUGUGUGUGUGUGUGUGUGUGUGUGUGUGUGUGUGUGUGUGUGUGUGUGUGUGUGCGUGAGUAUGUGUGCGUGUGUGUGUGUUUGUGUUCCUGUGUGUGUCCUUCUAGUUGCUGAUGAGUCAGUUUGGCCAGUGCUGCUGAAUGCCGUUCUUCUGUGCAGUUGCCAUUUUAUAAGCGAAGUGGUAUUCAUAUUAGGAAAACACUCGUUUCCAAAGAAAGACUCCACUGUUGUGGCUUUGGUGCAGUUUGCACGGCUUGCAAAACCGCACUUAAAGGGAACGGUUUGCAUUUUUAAACCGAGUCAGAGACAUUUAAAGACCUACAAAUAGACCGUAGCCUAAUGAUUAUUGUUGUUUUUAUUUUAAGGGAAGUGUUAUCAUGCACAUGAUGUGGAAAUGUAUGGUAGGGGGCAAAUCAAAUCAGAGCAGGUAUUACUUUUAAUUUUCAUGUGGAAAUGUUUUUUUUGUUUGUUUUUAAUACUCAUUGACUGAUUAUUGACCUUUGCAUGCUGUGAACUGCAUGUAAGUCUCAAGAAGACUGUUGUAAUUGAAACCCAUUUUUUCAAGAAUUUCUGAGAAUGGAAUGUUGGGGGUGUGGUUUUGUACCAUGUGUAAGUUUGUCAAACACUGUAUUUGCCACUUUAAUGACAGAUGAUGAUGGCUUUUAGCUUUUAUAAGUGUACUGAGGAACUAAAACGCACUUUUAGCUCUGAGUCUCUCAAGUUUACAUUAACAACCGCUUUAACUGUUAUUUCUCCUCUACAUCUAUUGUAUUUAUCUAUUUAAUUAAUAUAUUCUUUCCCAUGUUGAUUUAUUUAAAGCUAUAUAUUUGCUAUUUUGCCUGUUUUUUUGGUAUUUUGCUGUGGGUGGAUAUACUGAAUAGACUAUGUUUUGCAAGAAGGUGUUUCUGCACAAUUACUGAGCUUGGUCACUCCGAGGAUAAUAUUUCUUUUUUAAAUUAGUGUAUUACAGUACCGUAUAUAGCAGUUGUACUAGGUAUAUGGUCUUUAUCUGUUUCUAUUUUGUCUAUUUUACCAUUGUGCUGUUCUGUUAUUUGUUUCUAACAUACGUCUACGUGUUCUUACGUAUGCGGUCAAUGCAGGGAUCCAAUGUCACAUUGAUACAGGAGCAAAAAGGGAUUGUAUCAUAUUUUCAUGUGCCUUUGUCCUGGACCUGAACGCACUGAUAUAUUUGAAGCUCAGAUGGGAAACCCUUGAAGUGUUUUUUUUUUGUGAGGAAUCUACAGAAAUGGGCUUUAUUUUUAUUAUUUUUUUAAAUGAAACGCAUUUUAGAAAACGGACUGUAA